GACUCGAAAGAAUAGCCGGUAGACAUGUUUAUUCACAAACAAAAGGCGCGAAAUGAAGCUUUGUGAUUGGUCGAAAAUACACGUGCGCAAUGUGCGGGAAGUUCGAAUAUUUUUUUUUGACUUGACCUUUAUUAUGGAUUUAUUUAGAUAACAAACACAUCCCAAGCAACAAGAUAUUUAUUAUAUUUUAAAGUCACAAUGAAGGUUACUGCUUUUCUUAUAUUCUUAGUAAUUUUUGCCACUUAUGUGGCGAAUGUGGCCUCUCAAGAAUUUGUAGAAGCCAAUCAUUUGUUUACUUYUGCUGUUUAUAAAGAAAGUGUAAAAAAUGAACAGAACAAUYUUCUAGUGAGUCCCCUUUCUGCUGAAGUAGUUCUAGCUUUGGCUCAGUCUGGUGCCAAAGAUGAGACAGCUACAGAAAUCCAAACUGCUCUCCACUUACCCAAUUCUGAUCAAAAAACUCAAACUGCUUUCAAAAAAUUUUUUUUGCUUUUUAAGGGGACUGAACACUACUCUCUUCAUACUGCCAACAAGAUUUAUCUUCAAGAAAAUUUUUCUAUUAGAGAUGAUUUUAAGAAAAUUGCAACGGAUACGUACCAUUCWGAGGUUGAAAAUAUUGAUUUUUCCAAAGGUGWAGAAGCUGCCAGGGUUAUGAACCAGUGGGUUGAGAAUCAGACAAACCAUAAAAUAAAAAAUCUGAUACAGYCUGAUAGUCUCCGUGGCAGUCCUUCUGUUAUGAUAAAUGCCCUUUAUUUUAAAGCACCUUGGGCUUCCAGAGAUUUUCACAAAUAUUCUUAUUUAAAUAAAACUUUUUAUAAAACAGCCACUGACAAGGUCGAAACUCAAUUCAUGAUGGAUCUUGGCGGUUCUUAUCAACUUUAUGAAGAUAAAGAACUAAAAGCCCAAUUCUUGAAAGUUCCAUUCAAAGGAGAAGAUGCCCAUAUGGUUUUUGUGUUACCAAAUGAUAUAGACGGGCUCGGCAAGCUUGAAGAACAAACAGAUAAAAUUUUCAAGGAACAUCAAUUUCAACCUGUUAUUAUUAACAUAGAGUUACCACGAUUCAAAAUUGAAAGUACGAUUGAUUUUAAAAUAAUUUUACAAAAGUUAGGUGUUAGGAAGGCUUUUAUGAACGGUGAAGCCGAUUUUAGUGGAAUUGCUGGAGARAAAGGGGAGCUUGUUGUGGGAGGGGUUACACAAAAGAGUUAUAUUGAUGUUAACAAGRAUGGUGUUGAAGCAGCAGCUGCUACGAAUCUAAUUUUUACGAUGUCUGGACCUCCACGUACUGACAAAGAUUUUAAAGCAAAUCAUCCCUUUUUGUUUUAUAUUCAAGUCAAAGGUGUGAUUCUUUUUGCAGGAAGAGUUGUUGAUCCGCAAUACUAAAAACAUGACAGUUAUUUUUAAUUURGUGUAAAUAAAAGGAACAAAAAUAUAACUUUUUUAAAUUCUUA